CACAAUCAUUGUUUUCCUACAGGCGACCAUUGGCACACAAAUGUUCCGAUAUUGGAGCUUGGUAUUAUUUACUGGAGUUCAUUGGUAACCUUGCAGUUGUCACAAAUGCGUUCACAAUUGCUAUAACAUCAGAAGCAAUACCUAAGCUGGUUUAUUAUUAUGUUUAUUCACUUGAUAUAUAUCCUUCCUCUACAUAUAAUGGAUAUGUAAACAACAGUAUGUCUUAUUUCAACACAUCUGACUUUGAAGCACGCAGCAUGCCAAAUAAUCCUGAUCCAUUCGGUGAAGGCAAUAUCACAACUUGCAGAUACCCUGGUUAUCUCUCCCCUCCAACAGCCAGCCCCAAGUAUGAAUACACGACCCAAUAUUGGCACAACAUCGCUGGGAAGCUAGCAUUUGUUAUCGUGGUUGAGCAUGUUGUGUUCUUUCUGAAACGAUUGUUGGACUACCUCAUACCAGACAGACCACGUAAACUACGAGAUAAGAUAAAGCGAGAGCAUUUCCUUGUACAACAUAUGCUGUUCAAAGCUGAAACUCAACAAUUGCUCAAACAACUUUCACAAGGUAUAGACCAUAUAAUAUAGUUAUAUGUAAUGGUGUUGAAUUGCAUAAAUUUUAAUAUUUAAAUAUAUUAUUUAGACCCAGUGGUCACUAAUGGCCUGUACAAACUGUCAUAUACAUGUCACGUUUAAAAGUGACGGAUGGAUUUUCUUUUUAAUUGGAAUUAACUAUCGAAAGUGUCUCGAAGCUGGUCCCGUUAAUCACCGUAGCUAAACGUCUUCCUUAUUCCUCUUACUCACAACCAUAAGUAACUCAGUUCACUCUUGUAUAUCAUGUUUACUACGGACCAGAACACGCUUAUAUACGCAAAGAUUUCACGACGAAAGACACAAAAA